AUGCCGCCGAGAGACAUUACUGGCCAGACAUCGGCCAUUAAUGAAUUUAAGCACAAGGCUGGUAUAGCGUAUCAGCGCUUUCUCGACAAGACUGUGCCACACCGAGCCAUGCGUUGGGUCAUGUUAGCCUUCCUGCUGACGUUCUAUAUGCUGCGCGUCUUCUACCACGGUGGUUUCUAUGUCAUAACGUACGCGAUGGGCAUUCACCUGCUGUAUCUGACGCUGCUGCUCGUUACGCCGCUCGCAGCUGACGAGUACACGGAUGAAGCGCAGCUGCCACGAACAGCCGGCGGUAGUGAAGAUGAGUUUCGCCCGUUCGUCCCCCGGGUGCAGGAGUUUGUGGUGUGGCGAAGCAUGUGCAAAGUUGUAUCUAUUUGCCUUUUUCUGACAAUGUUCAACUUCCUCGACAUCCCUGUUUACUGGCCGAUUCUUCUGCUGUACUUCAUUGUGCUGACAGUGACGCAGAUGGGCGGGCGCAUCAAGCACAUGAUGAAGCACCGCUACGUGCCGUGGAGUGCGGGAAAACCAAAGUACGUUCCCAAGGCAUAA